AUGCUCAUCAUUUUCGAAGCGAUUGUUCUUAUACUGAAAAUAACAUGGUUCAACUUAGUCGGAAUCUUUCGUUUUUUCGUGCCGCCUACUAAGAAAUCGUUGGUAGGCGAGAUAGUGCUUAUAACUGGUGCUGGCAGUGGUAUUGGUCGUUUGAUGGCCAUUAAUUUCGCCAAACAUGGGUGUACAUUGGUUUUAUGGGAUAUCGACAAAGAUAGCAAUGACGAGACAACGGAAAUAAUCACUGCUCUGGGAGGGAAGGCAUACGGUUAUCGGUGCGAUGUGACAAAUAAAGACGAAGUUUACCGCCUUGCUGAACAAAUCAAGGAAUAUGUUGGUAGCGUAACUAUACUUGUCAAUAAUGCUGGGGUCGUGGCAGGCAAGAAUUUGUUGGAUUGUCCCGAUGAACUAAUUUUAAGAUCAAUGAACGUUAAUGUAAUUUCGCACUUUUGGACCCUCAAAGCGUUUGCGCCAUCUAUGGUAGCAAAUAACCACGGCCAUAUCGUCACAAUAAGCAGUAUCUGCGGUGUUAUUGGAGCACCUGGAAUGGUCGAAUACUGUGCUAGUAAGUUUGCGGCAGUCGGGCUACACGAAUCACUGUGCUACGAAUUUAUUAAAGAAGGGUAUGAUGGGAUUAAAACGACAUUAGUACAGCCAUACUUGAUUAACACUGGAAUGUUCGACGGGUUCAAAGCCAGGGAAGGAGUGGCACCCCCUGAUUUGGAUCCACAAUACGUAGCGGAUAUGGUCCUGAGAGCAGUGCAAACAAACCAGGAUAUAUUAAUGAUGCCGCGACCUUUAUACCUUAUCUCUUGGUUUAAGUCGUGGAUGUCUCUGGGCGCUACCGUAGCGGGCGCACAGUUUACCGGCGCAUUCAAUGCAAUGGAUACGUUUGUCGGGAGACAGAAGAAACAUAUUUAA